AUGGUCACAUGUGCAUGCCAACGUAAAACGGCCGAGAUGCGUUGUGUGGAUGUGGAACGCGCUUAUCAGAAGAUGAUGGCCGUACGUGUUUCGGAGGCAUCUGAGGAAAGUGAUUCGUCGCAGAAGCGUAUUCUAAAACGUUCACCAAGUCUGGACAAAUAUAGAUGUCUACCAUGCGAUUCAGACUGUCGUCGUAUUAUGCGUAACAAAAAAGUUGCGAGCGCACUCAGCAUACCGACAGAUUCAGAAGCGAAUAAUCUCUCUGUGCUCGACGGAACAGUCUCCUCAGUGCCAACCUACACGGACUUCUUGAAGGCACAACUGCAGAAAUCAUUUAAACAUGUUUUGGAAGUGGAAAAUGCUUUGGUGGAUCUGGUGCAUGCCGUAGAAUUGGUUAGUGUUGGUUCAAAUUUAGUGCAUUUGAUUGGCUUUUUGAAAAUUUCACACGAAAGUGGCGCCACACGUACACACAUAUUCCGGCCCAUGACAUCGGAGAACCGUCGUCUGAUCCAUGAAUACGCGUGUUAUUUUCGGGUG